UCACCAAUGUGUACGUGUUUUCUGAUGGUUGUCGACCUCCUCCCUCCCAAAAAGAAAUUCAAUUCAAAUCCAGCAGCGCCCAUUUAAUAGCAUCUCUCCUUUUACGUUCAACCCAACUCGCCAAUUGUCGCCGAGGGCAUCGGAUGGAAAACCAGUUGGCCAGCUGCUGUUGAUGCAAUCAAACUCGAUUCCUGCUUCGUGUUCGCCUUUUGUUUAUUUGCAAUUGAAUUAGUCUGCACGGUGGAAGGUUUCCGCACGAGCUUCAACUGUUUCAGCAUCAGUUGAAUCCAAUCAAAUCAAAAGACAUUUCAUUUCAUUGUGACCGUUUGCAACACAGCAGCGCUGGAAUUGAUUCGUUUUACCUACAAAUUGGUGGUGCAAAUGUGGAUCUUGCAACAGCAGAAAUGGCGCCAGCAUCCGCUCGUAUCCAGCGCCAUUUCCUACAUGCGCCGCUCAUACGUUUUCUUCUGUUCCCUCUACUUUAGUUUCAUCCUCACCGGAUUCCUCAUCAACAUUGCCACAAAAAAGUUAUCAACAUUUGCUAGCGAUCCAGUAGGACAAAUGGCUCCAGCAUUCCGGAUUGGAACAAUUGGGGAACUCUGCGAAUCAAAUUCGCCGCUCACCGAAAAGACCAUCAUCUUUAUCGAAACUUCCGGCGGGAAUUGCCUGCGACCCCGCCAGGCCUGCGCCAUCGAAUCGGCCGCCAGGACCAAUCCGGACAUGAAGAUCCGAGUCCACAUGGCCACCAGUCCCCCACCCGGAAAUCCGGAACUGGAUGGCGGCUACGGACUCGAUGAAAAUUGCCAGUCGAUGGACGUUUUAAAUCGACUGGACAACGUCCAAAUCAUCCGCGAAGAUUUGACGCGACAUCUUCUAGGCACUCCGCUAGAGGCGCUGCUGCGCGGCGGUAAAUUUGAAAAGAGCAAAUUCAGUUUUCAACAUUUGAGCGACGUCGUGCGGAUCGCCAUGCUCCACAAAUCGGGCGGCAUCUACCUGGACCUGGACGUCGUCGUCCUGCGCUCCCUCGGCUGCCUGAGGAACACGGCCGGCGAAGUCCGUUCGCCCGAAUACAAGGCCGGCAUCGAGAACGGCGUCUUGAUUUUCGACAAGGGACACGAAUUGCUCAAUCAAUACAUGCGGCUGAUGGAGCGGGAAUACGACCCCCUGGGCAGGGAAUCCAUCGGACCACUCGCAUUCAUAAAAGCCGCCAGGGAUUUUUGCGGAUUUGACGUUUGCGAAGGCUGCAAUUUCGGCCAACUGUGGGUCUGCCGUAACAACUGGAACCUUACCGUUCUGUACCCCGAGGCUUUCUACCCGAUACCUUUUCGGAACAGGGAACGAUUUUACGAGCCCAAUUUCCCUCUGACUGAGCUGGACAACCUGCAGACGAGUUACAUCGUUCACGUUUACGGAGCCGGGCACGGGGCCCAAGUGGCUCCGUCCAGCCUCUACGGUUUUCUGGCUCAACGUUUCUGUCCAGCCGUUUACGGGGCCAGUCAUUCCAAAUCUCGAAAUAAACAUAAAUUCUAAUCAGUCAAACGAGGAGGUGCUGCAGGUGUGGCGGCAGGUCCUACUUGGUUACUAAAUUUUCUUGUUGCCCUUUG